AUGAUCGGACGUCUCCCAGCCAUUGUAAUUGAUAAUGGCACAGGAUACUCUAAAAUAGGUUAUGCUGGGAACACAGAACCUCAAUCAAUCAUUCCUUCUUGCAUUGCCGUAAAGGAAUACAGUAAAGUUGGAACCAGAGAAGUUAGACGACUUGGGACUGGUUUAGAUGACCUAAAUUUCUUCAUCGGGGAUGAGGCGCUCGCUCUCGAUGGAAAGAAUGACUUCUCAGUGAAAUGGCCUAUUCGUCAUGGUAUUAUCGAAGAUUGGGACUUAAUGCAACGUUACAUGGAACAGCUUAUUUUCAAAUUACUUCGAGCAGAACCUGAAGAUCAUUAUUUUCUUUUGACAGAACCACCAUUGAAUACACCAGAGAAUCGUGAAUACUUAGCUGAAAUAAUGUUUGAAACGUUUAAUAUUCCUGGUCUUUAUAUCGCUGUACAGGCUGUAUUAGCGUUAUCAGCUUCAUGGUGUUCUAAUAGAACUGACAGUCGUUCACUUACUGGAACUGUUAUCGACUCAGGUGACGGCGUUACUCAUGUGAUUCCUGUAGUCGACGGUUAUGUCAUUGGAUCUUGUAUUAAACAUAUACCAAUAGCUGGACGUGACAUUACUUCUUUCAUUCAACACUUGCUUAGAGAACGUGAAAAUAAUAUCCCACCAGAACUGAGUAUGGAAGUUGCUAAACAAAUUAAAGAACGUUAUUCAUAUGUUUGUCCUGAUUUACCUAAAGAAUUUGCUAAAUAUGAUAGUGAACCAGAGAAAUGGAUUAAACCCCAUGUUGUAUCAAAAUCGGCUAAAUAUCCAUCAUUUUCUGUUGAUGUCGGUUAUGAACGAUUUUUAGGUCCAGAAAUAUUUUUUCAACCUGAAUUUGUUAAUCCAGACUUUACAACUUCAUUAAGUGAUGUUGUCGAUGAAGUAAUUCAAAAAUCACCAAUUGAUUCACGUCGUGGACUUUAUGGUAAUAUUGUAUUAUCAGGUGGUAGUUCAAUGUUCAAACAUCUUGAUCGUCGUUUACAACGUGAUAUUAAACGUAAUGUUGAUAAUCGUUUAAAAUUAACUGAAGAACUUACUGGUGGACGAGUCAAGCCUAAAUCUAUUGAUGUUAAAGUAGUUUCACAUCCUAUGCAACGUUAUGCUGUCUGGUUUGGUGGAUCAGUACUUGCUAAUGAGAGUGAAUUUUACAAUGUAUGCCAUACUAAAGCUCAAUAUGAAGAAAUCGGUCCAGCAAUAUGCCGUCAUAAUCCUGUGUUUGGUACAAUGACUUAA